CUACACAAAGCUGCAGAAGCAUUGUUAAAAGUUGUGAAAACACAAAAGAAAAAUGAAAUUCUUGCCGAAACUUGUCGAAUAAACCUCGUUAUUGCAAUGAACAGAAUUCCUUCGAGGAAGAUGAAAAAAGUUUUUAUUCCACUACCCCACCCAGUGUUCACGACUUCAUCGGAGAUUUGUGUUUUCACGAAAGACGUCGAAAGUAAAGACAUCGAAAAAUCACAAGAACAUUAUGAAGAUUUAUUCAGAAAUAAAGUUGGUUUUGUCCCCAAGUUCAUCCCACUUACUUCAAUGAAGAAAGAUUACAAAUCCUUCGAAGCGAAACUAGCCUUAUGUGGAUCUUAUGAUUUGUUCCUCAGUGAUGCACGAAUAACAAGAUUAUUACCUCCAUUAAUUGGGAAACACUUUUUUACAAAAGCAAAAAAUCCAAGAGAUAUUGACUUAACUGCCACUGAUCUUAAGAAGGAAUUCUUCAACAGAAUAUCUCAUGCUAGAUGGUUAAUAACUGCCCACGGUGACACAACCAUGAUACACGCUGCUUCAUCGAACUUAACAGCCGAACAAAUAGCUGACAAUCUUGAGCAUUGUAUAAGCGCGGUUGUGUCACAACUUCCAAGGGGUUGGAGCAACGUAAGAGCUUUACGGAUCAAAACGAACGAUUCCAUCGCAAUCCCGGUGUAUAUUAACACUAUAGAAGCUGAGGAUACCAAGGUAAAAGACAUGGAGGAAAUGGACUAUAUUGAAAAGAACAAGAAAAGGAAAUCUGAAAAGGGGUUGUUAGCACCGAAAAAGAAACCAAAAAUACAACUUAGGAAAAGAAAAGUUGAACCAAAAAAAGUUGAACCAAAAAAUUAGUUUUCAGUUUCCAAUAAAGCAAGUAAUAUCA